GUCUCGCGCGGGGUGUCCGGCCCGUGUUGUAGACACGAGCCCGGAAGUGAGUUCCGGGGCCGUGUAGACGCGGCGGCCGCGCGGGUUCCGGGCCCCACCCUGGAACUAACGACGUUCCUCCUGGAAAACCUGACUCAGGCGGAGCCCGCGGCACGCAGGAGGCCCCGCCCCUCGCGCGCCCCCUCUUAGGUCCCGUGGACCCCUCCCACCCAGCCCGGGCCAGACCGGCCGCAGAGAGACCCCGGGGUCCAAGCCCCAAGCCCCUGAAGCCGCGGGGCCUGCGGGGGGGGGGGCGGCGCGGGGGGCGGGCCGGCCCCUCCCUCGCUGACGCCGCGAUCGAGCUCCGACCAAGAGCGCGGGCAGCGGAGCGGGGAGCCAGGUCGGGCAGGAUGCGCUACCGGGCGUCGGCCCUAGGCAGUGACGGGGUGCGGGUGACCAUGGAGAGCGCCUUGACAGCCCGGGACCGCGUGGGGGUGCAGGACUUUGUUCUCCUGGAGAACUUCACCAGUGAGGCCGCCUUCAUUGAGAACCUGCGACGAAGAUUCCGGGAGAACCUCAUUUAUACCUAUAUUGGCCCUGUCCUGGUUUCUGUCAACCCCUACCGAGACCUACAGAUCUACAGCCGUCAGCAUAUGGAACGCUACCGUGGUGUCAGUUUCUAUGAAGUGCCACCUCAUCUGUUUGCAGUGGCUGACACUGUGUACCGGGCGCUGCGAACUGAGCGGCGGGACCAGGCAGUGAUGAUUUCCGGAGAGAGUGGGGCAGGCAAGACAGAGGCCACCAAGAGAUUGCUACAGUUCUAUGCAGAGACGUGCCCGGCCCCUGAGCGGGGUGGUGCAGUGCGGGACCGGCUGCUGCAUAGCAACCCUGUGCUGGAGGCCUUUGGAAAUGCCAAGACUCUCCGCAACGAUAACUCCAGCCGGUUCGGGAAGUACAUGGAUGUGCAGUUUGACUUCAAGGGAGCCCCUGUGGGAGGCCACAUCCUCAGUUACCUCCUGGAAAAGUCACGAGUGGUACACCAGAAUCAUGGAGAACGGAACUUCCACAUCUUCUACCAGCUGCUGGAGGGGGGUGAGGAGGAGACUCUUCGUCGCCUGGGCUUGGAACGGAACCCCCAGAGCUACUUGUACCUGGUGAAGGGCCAGUGUGCCAGAGUCUCCUCCAUCAGUGAUAAGAGUGACUGGAAGGUCGUCAGGAAGGCACUGUCAGUCAUUGACUUCACCGAGGAUGAAGUGGAGGACUUGCUAAGCAUCGUGGCCAGCGUCCUACAUUUGGGCAACAUCCACUUUGCUGCUGAUGAGGACAGUAAUGCCCAGGUUACUACUGAGAACCAGCUCAAGUAUCUGACUAGGCUGCUCGGUGUAGAAGGCACAACGCUGAGGGAAGCCCUGAUUCACAGAAAGAUCAUCGCCAAGGGGGAAGAGCUCCUGAGCCCACUGAACCUUGAGCAGGCUGCAUAUGCAAGGGAUGCUCUUGCCAAGGCCGUGUAUAGUCGCACUUUCACCUGGCUGGUUACAAAGAUCAACAGGUCACUGGCCUCUAAGGAUGCUGAGAGCCCCAGCUGGAGAAGCACCACAGUUCUUGGUCUCCUGGACAUUUACGGCUUUGAAGUAUUUCAGCACAACAGCUUUGAGCAGUUCUGCAUCAACUACUGCAACGAGAAGCUGCAGCAGCUCUUCAUUGAGUUGACUCUCAAGUCUGAGCAGGAGGAAUACGAAGCAGAGGGCAUUGCGUGGGAACCUGUCCAGUAUUUCAACAACAAGAUCAUCUGUGACCUGGUGGAGGAGAAGUUCAAGGGCAUCAUCUCCAUCUUGGAUGAAGAGUGUCUGCGUCCUGGGGAGGCCACAGACCUGACCUUCCUGGAGAAGCUGGAGGACACUAUCAAGCACCACCCCCACUUCCUGACGCACAAGCUCGCUGACCAGAAGACCAGGAAAUCCCUAGGCCGAGGGGAGUUCCGGCUUCUUCACUAUGCUGGAGAGGUGACCUACAGUGUGACUGGGUUUCUGGAUAAAAACAACGACCUUCUCUUCCGGAACCUGAAGGAGAUCAUGUGCAGCUCAAAGAACCCCAUCAUGUGCCAGUGCUUUGACAGGAAUGAGCUCAGUGACAAGAAGCGGCCAGAGACGGUUGCCACACAGUUCAAGACGAGCCUCCUGCAGCUAGUGGAGAUCCUGAAGUCUAAGGAGCCUGCCUAUAUCCGCUGCAUCAAGCCAAAUGAUGCCAAACAGCCUGGUCGCUUUGAUGAGGUGCUUAUCCGACACCAGGUGAAGUACCUGGGACUUAUGGAGAAUCUGCGCGUGCGUAGAGCUGGCUUUGCCUAUCGUCGCAAAUAUGAGGCUUUCCUACAGAGGUACAAGUCACUGUGCCCAGAGACGUGGCCCACGUGGGCAGGACAGCCCCAGGAUGGGGUGGCAGUGCUAGUCAGACACCUUGGCUACAAGCCAGAAGAGUACAAAAUGGGCAGGACAAAGAUCUUCAUUCGAUUCCCCAAGACCCUGUUUGCCACAGAGGAUUCCCUGGAAGUUCGACGGCAGAGCCUAGCCACCCAGAUCCAGGCGGCCUGGAGGGGCUUUCAUUGGCGGCAGAAAUUCCUCCGGGUGAAGCGAUCAGCCAUCUGUAUCCAGUCAUGGUGGCGUGGCACACUGGGCCGGAGAAAGGCAGCCAAGAGGAAGUGGGCAGCCCAGACUAUCCGUCGACUCAUCCGUGGCUUCAUCUUACGCCAUGCACCCCGUUGCCCUGAGAAUGCCUUCUUCCUGGACCACGUGCGCACAUCAUUUUUGCUUAACCUGAGGAAGCAACUACCCCGGAAUGUUCUGGACACUUCCUGGCCCACACCCCCACCUGCCCUGAGAGAGGCCUCAGAGCUGCUGCGGGAGCUGUGCGUGAAGAACAUGGUGUGGAAAUACUGCCGGAUUAUCAGCCCUGAGUGGAAGCAGCAGCUGCAGCAGAAGGCUGUGGCUAGUGAGAUUUUCAAGGGCAAGAAGGACAAUUACCCCCAGAGUGUCCCCAGACUCUUCAUCAGCACACGUCUUGGCACAGAGGAGAUCAGCCCCAGAGUGCUGCAGGCCUUGGGCUCUGAGCCCAUCCAGUAUGCCGUGCCAGUGGUAAAAUAUGACCGCAAGGGCUACAAACCUCGCUCCCGACAGCUGCUGCUCACCCCCAGUGCUGUGGUCAUCGUGGAGGAUGCCAAAGUCAAACAGAGGAUUGACUAUACCAACCUAACGGGAAUCUCCGUCAGUAGCCUCAGUGACAGCCUGUUUGUGCUUCACGUGCAGCGUGAGGACAAUAAGCAGAAGGGGGAUGUGGUUCUGCAGAGUGACCACGUGAUUGAGACGCUAACCAAGACGGCCCUCAGUGCUGAUCGUGUGAACAAUAUCAACAUCAACCAGGGCAGCAUCACAUUUGCAGGGGGUCCAGGCAGGGAUGGCAUCAUUGACUUCACAUCUGGCUCGGAGCUUCUCAUCACCAAGGCUAAGAACGGCCACCUGGCUGUGGUGGCUCCACGGCUGAACUCGCGGUGAUGAAGGCACCAGUGGACCCCCGACUCCUGACGCUUUGCUUCUCUCCCUCCUCCCUUCCCAGUUACCAAAGACUUGAGCUUCCAGUCAGGGAUCUAGAGACACCCCCAAAGCCCACCUGCAGACUCCUGCCUCUUGCUCACCCUCUCUUGAGGUGAUGGGGGCCAGGAAGCUACCCCAGGAGUGGGCCAGGCCGGGCCAGAGCAAUAGAAAAGCAGGGGCCUGAGCAGACCAGGCCAGCCCUCUGCUGAUGCCAAAUCUCUGAGAGAAGGGAAUUUUAACAGAGGUUUUCUCUGAGAGUUUUUGAUGCUUUAUAGGAAACUAUUUUUGUAAAAAAGCCAUUUUCCUACCCUCAACACACUGGAUGUGUUUUCCUGACUCAAACAGGGCAAGGAGUGUAGCGAAAAGAUUGGGUGGGCUGGACUGUGGGGCCCUCUUCUCUGGCCAAGCCUCUUCUCUUUAUUCCCUUAGCACCUUGUCUGUCUGUCCACCCACCUAUACCUUCUGUGGCCCACUCUGACCUCCACCUGGAGGCUAAGACCACCUUCGCCUACCCCAUCCUCCUGCCUUAAGAAUGCCCUUUUAGGGGCUGGGGGUGUAGCCCAGCGGUAGCACUGGUGCUAAGCAUGUGUGAGACCCUGGGUUCAAUCCCCAGCGUUAAAAAAAAAAAAAAGGUUUUAAUAGUUCCACCUCAGUCUGAGGGCAUCUGGAGUGGGAAAAAGUCUUCAGAGUUUGGAAGACUUCAGAGAAAUCGUCUAGUCCAGACGCCUGGAAUCACAGAGCUGAAGACAGGCAAGCCACAAAAGGAAGGCUUGCCUACUAGCAGGUUGGGGCAAAUCCUAAAAUGAAGCCCUAUCCUCAGCACACCUCACUGCCUUUCCCAGGAUCAGGGAAGACCCUAAAGUGAGGGUCAUGUCUUAACUGUGCACCCAGCUCCCUGACCAGCAAUCACCCUUGGGAGCCACCAGGUGGGAGGGGGUCUGCUGCCUGGGUCUAUGCCUUAGGAUGACAACCUCCUCUCUCUCUCUCUCUCUCUCUCUCUCUCUCUCUCUCUCUCUCUCUCACACACACACACACACACACACACACACACACACGCACACUCUGGACCCAAUUUAAGGAUGGUAGGGUCUUUAUUGGCCUGGACACCUCUGUGACCUGGGAUUAUGGGGCUAGCCUUGGAGGAGCUGCAGGGGCAUCACCUCUUUCUGCUGCUUCUCUCUACCCCAGAGGACCUUGGGUGUGCCCAGCCCCCUCUGUGCCCUUUGAGGUUCUCUGCCCACUGCUGACACUUCUGCAAUCCAGAGAAACACUAAAUAAAGCAAUAUGUGUUUGCCAA